AUGGCGCAGUUCUCCACGGAUCGCACCAUCAGCGAGUAUGCUAAGGUGAUUUGGGGCAUCGAGGCAGCCAGACGUCCUGUCGACGAGGAGCUCGUUGCCAGGAAGCAGGUGAUGGGCAAAGACAAGGAGACAGUUGCGCAGGAAGCUGCAGCAAACGCUGCUGCGAAGGAGGCAGUUGCAAAGGAAGCAGCCCAGAAGGCAGCUGCAACAGAGAAAGCUGCCAAAGAUGCUGCAAAGGAUGCAGCUGCCAAAGAUGCAUCAGCCAAGGAAGCCGCCAAGGAGGCUGCUGCCAAGGACGCAGCAGCCAAGAAAGCUGCGCAGGAGGCAUUUGAGAAGGAGGUAGCUGCUAAAGAGGCGGCCAAGGAUGCAGCCGCCAAGGAGGCUGCUUCCAAGAAGGCGGCAAAAGAUGCGGCGAUCAAGCGGGAGGCGGCUGACAAAGAG